AUGUCAAAGAAGCAAUCUUUGAUAGGUGGGCAGAUAUUUAUCCAUCGCCCACAGCCUUUACAAUCCACAUCUUCUUCUUCAACCUCAUUAAACAAUCGUCGCCCACUUCUUCAACGACACAGCAACUCCGCCUCCUCAAACUCCUCCAGCUGUAGCGGCCGUUUCGCAGAACUAGCAGGAGGGACGACGGCUGAGUGUGCCGCAGUCUGCUGUUGUUGUCCAUGUGCGUUAGUGAACCUUCUAUACCUCACAAUCUACAAAGUUCCCACUGGGCUCUGGCGACGGGCUUUGAGGAGGAAACGGAGGAAGCAACUGAUCAAGAAAGGAUUGCUGCCGCCUAGAACAAAGAGAUGCCAAUGUGGGUGCGAUGAAACAGUGAUAGAAAUUCAUCCGUCGGCAAGUGCCCAUGAGUUGAUGGCCUUGAAGUCCGAUUCAGAGGAAUCGUCUUCGUCGGAGGGGGAGGAGGAGGCGGCGAUGGUGAAGCUAGAGAAGGAGAUGUGGGAGACAUUUUACAGUACUGGGUUUUGGAGAAGUCCUUCUCAAAGAGAGGCUCCUGGCAUGAGUCACCUGCACAGAGAUUCACCUAAGGCUAAGGUUAAAAAAUAG